UUGCUGCGUCCGUUCGUUGGUUCUGGCGUUACACACCAAAGCAAGUAGAAGUAGGACCAAAUCAUCGUGCUCUCGUUGCUGGCAGGCAAAUUUGCGUGUGGGAGGAAAAUUUUCUAUUGCGGUGCCGAUUUUUCCGCAGGAAAACAAAUGUGAAAAUUUGUACCGAGUCUGCUUUCUGCCGGAUAUGGAAGGAAGGCGAUGAUAUUCGACGACCUGAGAGAGUGAUGUGUUGAUGUGGGAUUUUCGUCGGUCGAUGCCGCAACGGGAAGGCCUUCCACAAGGACCUUGAAUUUAUGUGUUUUUGCCCCCACACGAGCGCUGGAGAUGUGAUGAAAUUUUGCGGAGAUUUUCCACGGCCGGAGGCUUGCGAUAAAGAGUAGCGCAGCAGCCACCACAACAGCAUCGGCAGGAUGUGAUUAUAUGAGCAAUGUGUGUGCGGUUUACGUAGUGAAGCAGGAUUCAAAGAAGAAAAUCCCAUAUUCAAGUGAAGUGACGUCGUUGUGACGGGGAAGACCCAGCAAGAAUAAUAGUUUCUGAGCGGAUGAAAAUCUUGCCAAGUUGAUGCAGCAGCAGGAAGUGAGUGAAUGUGUGAAGAACAAGAAGACGGCGAAGAAUCAAAACACACGACGUCGAGGCGCGCUUCUUCCGACGCUCCGGCGAAGACGUCAGUCGUCGUUGCUCUUGAUGCGGAUUAUGCUGCAAUAAAAAGGAAAAUAUAGUGUGUGUUUUAGUUUUAGACAAGAACCGAGAAAGUGAGCGAUCCACGCGCGGGGUGAGAAAGGCGUGAAACCGUGGUGGGUGUUUUUUUGUUACGGUGUGUGAGUGUGCGGGAAGGAAGCGCCGAACGGGAAUCAAGAAAAGGCACAAUCACCCGGUGCUGUGUGCAUGUUUCCGGAUGUCCUGAAGAAGCAUAAAGGCUGAGACUCUCGGAUGGAUGAGUGGAAAUACUUAAUAGCGCUGUUGGUCGCGCUCUUAAGUUAUCGACUCCCAACGGUAGAUUCGAUCAACGGCAGCAGCGGAAAUGGCUCGCGAGCAGGAGGAAGUGCCACCGCACGGUCAGCAGGAGGCAGUGGCCGGGAACGGUCUGCUCCCCAAGCGAUAGCUUCCCUGUCGUCCGCAUCGAUAGCGGCGGCCCUUGCUGCCCGGCAGAACAACAACAACAACAACAACAACAACAACAUCAACAACACCGCUGCUGCUGUCGCCACCGCCGCCGCCGCUACCAACGGGAGCAAUGGUGGUGGGAGUGCAGCUGGGCCUGGAUCAAGUGCGGCUACCAGUCACUGUAAUUUGGCCCAGUUUCGAUGCGGUAAUGGAACCUGCAUUGCGUCGUCAAAAUACUGCGACGGAAGCUUCGAUUGCCUGGACAAAAGCGACGAGCCCAAGUUCUGUACAGCAUGCAACCGAACGUUGUACGGUGAAGUCGGUCGAACGUACGAACUUCAGCUUCAGCCACACCAGUUGCAGCAGUUCCAGCAGAACCAGCACCAGCACGCCGGCAGCAAUGCAUAUCCCUUCCUGUGUCAUCUGAACUUCACGGCCCCCGGGGGAGCGUUCGGCGAUAUCGUGCAGCUCAAUUUCGCAAAAUUUAGCAUCGGAAAGUUUGUGCCCAGCAUGAAUUUGGGAGGGGGUCUGAUGCAAGGAUACCAACAGCACCAGCAGCAUCAACAGCAGCAGCAGCAGCAGCAGCAGCAUCAGCAGUCCCACCAUCAUGAGGCUUGCUUGGAGGGAUUUAUGACCAUUCGUGAGCAAGGUCUACCCAAUCUCAACGGGAAAUGGUGCGGCACGGCUUCGGGCUACACGAUCUACUACAGUGAGACCAAAUCGGUCAACGUGAGCAUACGGUUGGAUCGACUGCCACCGAUUGGUAGCGGUGGUGGAGCCGGAGGAUCCAAUGGAGCGGGAAAUGGACUGGAGUUUCGGUUGAUUUAUAAGUUUCUAAGGCACACUGAUGCGAAGUUGAGGUACGACAACAGAAUAUGGAAUGGUGACCUGGUUCCUGGAUCGUACUGCAACAGAAAUUUUUAUGACUGCGACAAACGGACCUGCCGAAUACGAUCGCCCAACUAUCCCGGCAUUUAUCCACGCAAUUUAACAUGUAAAUAUUAUAUUAAUCAUCGGACGCCACCGAGCGGGCUGCAUGCGAUGAUCGUCCUCCGCCAGCCAGAUGGACAUAAAUUAAACAUAAAGGAACAGGCGACACAUCACGAGGCGAGCACGAGGAUUUUGAGGAGCUGGGAGCAGUGCGAUGUGGAGCAGGAUUACCUCACGAUACACGAUGGCAAAUCGCUGGAGGCACCCGAGAUAGGAAGGAUUUGCGGUGGCGACGCGCUGCCCGAUAUCGUAUCCAGCGGGCCGGACAUGUUGGUUCAGUUCAGAACUUCGCCGUACGAUGUGCCCUUCCAUCCGAAUCCGGUGACCUUCCUGCCAGGGUUUGAGCUGGAAGUGCAUAUCCUGUACGUCAACUCCAACUCUCAGUCCUACAUCCGUCAGCCGGGUCGCUGUGAGUUCUCGAUCAGCGCCUUCGAAAGCCAAACCGGUGAACUGGAAAGCCCGCAGCAUACGCUUCCGCCGGAAAGCUCCUGCAUCUACCACUUCCAGGGCCGUCGUCACGAAACCGUGUGGAUCUCGUUCAUCAAGUACCACUCGGCCAUCGAUCCCACCGGAUUCGAGUCGCCCGCCGAGUGUGUGACGCAGCUUCGCAUCUGGGACGGGCGAUGGUCGGUCACCUCCCGACCCUACGGCUCCAAUCCAGAAUAUAUCCGCAAUGCCAGCCUGAUCGAGCAGAUUUGCCGUGAGGAGGUUCCCCGACUAUGUUCGCGAUCGCUGAUCACCAAGGGAAGUCGACCUUGUUCUACGCAAGAGAGCUACCUAUCAACGGGAUCCGAUCUUACGAUCGAGUACCGUCCCAGUCCCAUUGGGACCGCUCGACUGUACGGACCGGCUUCAGCCUUCAAGCUGCGAUACGAAUUCGUUGAUAACUCGCUGGGAGGUGCACCACUGGAACCUCUGGUCGCUCCUUCAGCAAUGCCGGAACCUGCAGCUCUGAUCCAAUUCCACCCCAAGUCAUGCGAUCGAGUAUUCCGAUCAUCGUCCGCUUUGAGAGGAAUUUUCCGAUCGCCUUCCAACGUGUUCCUCUACGGAAGGGGUGGUUCACCAAACAUUUCCUGCACUAUCAGAUUUGAAGCGGGACUAGGAGAAAGCGUACGACUAUCAAUAACACGAUCCCGCUUCGGUGGUCGUUCUUGUCAAAACAUGCAGAACCGAUCCGGGCGUUGGCACUGUAACCACCACAGUGGACCAAAUGCUGACCUUCGAAUCAGUGAAGUUCCCUGGACGGACAUACCUCCGCUUCCACGAGACUGCCUGUGCUCGGACGUUUCCACCUCCAUCAAUCUAGCUCCGCUAGCUGCUAGCAUUGUCGAAGUCCGCUUCACAGCUAUGCAAAUGGACGUGGAUCAGGACUUCCGAGACUUCUAUUUUGAAGGUCGGUACGAGUUCGAAAAGGACGAAUGCGAUACGGAUUGGAGUGAUCGACGGCUUCGUGGUCGCAGCGGUGACGCACUUCUCAGACCAACUCCUUGCCCUGCGUUGAUACAACCUUGGUUGUUGGAACCGGAAACCGAAGGCAGCUAUCUGGUCCUGAAAAUGAAAGGCUUCUGGAUGCCACCACUGCUCCAAUCGGCUCCUCCAUGUCCAACUGACGCUCGAAUCUCGGUAUACUCCACAAAUAACCCGAAGAACUCUCGCGAUCUCUGCCCCUCCGGUCCAGACGUAGUCGCUUUCUCCGACGGGUGGGACAACGCCUACGAAUACAGCGCCCUUGAAAUCUCCAAAAAUCUCAUAAUUGAGUUCAAGAGUUCCCGGAAACCGCGGGAGAUCGAAGGCAACGAGUACAAAUUCUCCUGGAUGGAAAUCUACCCGGGCAACGACUGCCCGUACAAGUGUCAAGAGCUGCAAGCGUGCAUCCCUUCGGAGCUUUGGUGCGACGGCAAGGUCCACUGCCCUUCAGGCCAGGACGAGAGCCCCACCGAGUGUGAUAUUCGGCUACCCCUUUCGCCGCUGCACGUAGGCAUCGCAGCCGCCUUCCUAACACUCUUCCUAUCGCUCGCGGCAGGCUUGACCGCCUGUGCCCGAAGGAAACGGGUCGAAAAGAAGCACCAACUGCAGACGCACCACGUGGACGCUAACGGGCGAUUCCCGCACCAUCCACCGUAUCCGCAUUCGAACCCACACCACCACAUGGCCAGCAGUCACGCCCUGACACCCAUUUAUCUCGAUCCCACCAAGGACAGCUUCUGUUGACAAGAGCUGGAGACUUCGGUGUAGCCCAUGCCGAAGUCCCAGGAUUUCUACUACUUUGCGUUCAAUCGUUAGUGAUGGGCACGCGCACGUGAGAUGGAGAGAGGGAGAGAGAGAGACGGCGAGAUAGUAACGAAGUGGAAAGUAGAAAACGAAUUCUGGUGAUAUUUAAGUGUAGCGAGCAAAUCAUCAGCAGUAGAUUCAGAAGAAAUCCAAUAAUUAGGGGAAAACAAAUCUUUCGAACAAAACAAAAAAAAAUCGGCGCGGAAAUCCAUGCUAGAGUAAUUGACCUACAUAACGAAUAAUAAUAAUAAUAAUGAAAAUAAUAAUCGGCAAGGAAGGCAAGAAGGACGAGGAAAGCAGAACGAACGAUGAAGUGCUAGUGAUUGAACCAAUUAAAAUAAGCGACUGAGGCGAAUGGUGCGGAAAUGAUGAAUUAUGAUUCACGGGUGGAUUGUGACACCCCAAACAGUUGAAGGUGUGCACAGUGCGGUGGGUCUUUUUUGGGAGUUUUUCGGGAAAU